AUGUGCUGCAGGUUCGCUGCAAUAUGUAAACACUCUUAUGCGCUAGAAUCAACCUCUUUUGUCGUCCUCUUCGAAUGGGAAGGUCGUCUAACCAACCCUCUUGUUAACCAAGAAACAGUAUCAUCAUAUGAACCUCGGAUAGAGCCAGCUACUAGAACCAGAAACGAUGUGCCGCGAACAUACCGGGUUGUUGCUUUAGCGGCGGCGAGCGCCCUUGCACCACUUUGCGUUCGUGAUCUUAGCGUGCUCUCAAGGGGGUAUCAUCUCCGCGGUCUGGAUCGAUCGCAUAGUACGAUUCUGGUGCAUUGUGUAUGAGAAACGCAGGUCGAGCAGACUGCGUCCUCGUUUCGCUGGUAAAUACAUAUAACAAAGGCUUUUAAGGACUUUCUUCCAGGGAAUGAACUUGUACGUUUCUGCUUUGCACUCGCCACGCGAGAGUCGGUGAGGUGGUGGCAUCGAACGACACGAUGUGACACGUCGGGUACAGCAUUGGCAGAGCUUCAACCUCAUUUUGGUGGUUCGAUCGCCGGAUCCGAUCAUAUGUGCGAUGAGAAACCACCGACUGCAGCGUGGCGUUGAAACACCCCGAGCCCCACAGGACAUGGAGGCAAAUCUUCU